AUGCGUCCCGAGACCGAGCAGGAGCUCGCUCACACCCUUCUCAUUGAGUUGUUGGCCUACCAGUUCGCAUCUCCCGUCCGCUGGAUCGAGACUCAGGAUGUCCUUUUCUCCAGCAACACCGAGCGUCUCGUCGAGAUUGGUCCCUCGCCUACUUUGGUCGGCAUGGCCAACCGCACCUUGAAGGCCAAGUACGAAGCCUACGACGCCGCUUUGUCCUUGAACAGACAGACGCUUUGCUACACCAAGGAUCAGAAGGAAAUCUACUACAACAUCGAGUCCGAAGAGCCUGCCGCGGCUCCCGCUGCUGCUGCGCCGGCCGCAGCUGCUGCUCCUAUCCCCGCCGCCGCUGCAUCUGGUCCUGUUGCUGCUGCACCUGCGCCUGCAGCUGCCCCCGCUGGUCCUGCUGUCGACAUUCCUGAUGAGCCCGUCAAGGCUGUUGACGUUCUUCACUGCCUCAUUGCCCAGAAGCUCAAGAAGACUACCGAUGAGAUCCCCGUGUCUAAGGCCAUCAAGGACCUCGUUGGUGGUAAAUCCACCCUUCAGAACGAAAUCCUGGGUGAUCUUCAGAAGGAGUUCGGGUCUACUCCCGAGAAGCCCGAGGACUCUCCUUUGGACGAGUUGGGUGCUGCCAUCCAGCCUUCUUUCUCUGGUGCUUUGGGUAAGCAGUCUUCAGGUUUGAUUGCGCGUUUAAUGAGUUCCAAGAUGCCUGGUGGUUUCUCUGUCGCAAGUGCUAGGACUUAUUUGCAGACCAGGUGGGGUCUUGGCUCUGGAAGGCAGGACGCUAUCUUGUUGCUCGCUUUGACUAUGGAGCCGGCAGCUCGUUUGGGUGGUGAGCCUGACGCUAAGGCUUUCUUGGACACCGUUGCCCAGAAGUACGCCGGCAAGGCUGGAAUUACCCUUGCUGCCGCUGCCGCUGGUGGUGCUGGUGGCGGUGCUGGUGGUGCCGUUAUCGACUCUGCUGCUUUGGAGGCUUUGCAGAAAGACCAGAACAAGCUCGUGGAGCAGCAGUUGGAGUUGUUCGCCAGGUACUUGAAGCAGGAUCUUCGUGCUGGAGAGAAGGCGCACUUGGCCGAGAAGGAGGUUUCCGAGACCCUCCGCGCUCAACUCGACUUGUGGAACGUCGAACACGGAGAGUUCUACGCUGCUGGUAUCGAGCCCGUCUUCACCAAGGAGAAGGCUCGUGUUUACGACUCCGAGUGGAACUGGGCUCGUCAGGACGCCUUGACUAUGUAUUACGACAUCAUUUUCGGUAAGCUUAAGCUUGUCGACCGUGAGAUCGUUGCUAGAUGCAUUGCCAUCAUGAACCGCACCAAUCCUACUUUGUUGGAGUUCAUGCAGUACCACAUUGACCACUGUCCUGCCGACAAGGGCGAUACCUAUCAGCUCGCCAAGGACUUGGGUCAGCAGUUGAUCGCUAACUGCUUGGAGGCUGCUGACGCUGCCCCCGUCUACAAGGACGUCAUGUACCCCACUGGCCCCAAGACUACCAUCGAUGCCAAGGGUGGCAUGUCCUACUCUGAGGUUGCCCGCCCCGCCGUCCGCAAGCUCGAGGACUACGUUUCUGAGAUGGCUGCUGGUGGCAAGAUGACCGAGUACGGUAACCGUGCUAAGGUCCAGGCUGAUCUCUCCAAGAUCUACAAGCUCAUCAAGACCAACGGAAAGAUGUCUAAGUCCAGCAAGCUCCAGAUGAAGGCUUUGUACGGUGAUGUUCUCCGUGCCCUUGCCUUCAACGAGAACAAGAUCCUCGGCGAGGGCUCUCCUAAGCCCUCUGCUGGUCGCAGGCAGAGCAGCGCUCGCCGCGGUACCCGCCCUGAGUUCGGUUCCGCCGCUGCGGCUAAGGCUUCUUCCAAGGCUAAGACUGAGACUAUCCCCUUCUUGCACUUGAAGAGGAAGGAGGAGCACGGUUGGGAGUUUGACCAGCGCUUGACUUCCAUCUACCUCAACUGUCUCGAGCAGGCCGCCAAGAACGGUGUCACCUUCCAGCACAAGAACGUCUUGAUCACUGGUGCUGGUGCCGGUUCCAUCGGUGCUGAGUUGCUUCAGGGUCUCAUCAGCGGUGGUGCCAAGGUUGUCGUCACCACUUCUCGUUACUCUCGCGAGGUUACCGAGUUCUACCAGGGUCUUUUCGCUCGUUACGGUUCCAAGGGAUCUUCCUUGAUCGUUGUUCCGUUCAACCAGGGAUCUAAGCAGGACGUUGACAAGCUCGUUGAGUACAUCUACGAUGAGAAGAACGGUCUCGGAUGGGACUUGGACUACAUUGUGCCCUUCGCUGCUAUUCCCGAGAAUGGCCGCGAGAUCGACAACAUCGACUCUCGCUCCGAGUUGGCUCACCGCAUCAUGUUGACCAACUUGCUCCGUCUUUUGGGUGGUGUUAAGGCUCAGAAGUUGGCCCGUGGCUUCGACACUCGUCCUGCCCAGGUUGUCUUGCCUAUGUCUCCUAACCACGGUACUUUCGGUAACGACGGUCUUUACUCCGAGUCCAAGCUUGCUCUUGAGACCUUGUUCAACCGUUGGUACUCUGAGAGCUGGGGUGGUUAUUUGACCGUUACUGGUGCCGUCAUUGGAUGGACCCGUGGUACCGGUCUCAUGAGCGCCAACAACAGCAUUGCUGAGGGUAUCGAGUCCUUCGGUGUCCGCACCUUCUCUCAACAGGAGAUGGCCUUCAACAUCCUCGGUUUGAUGGCUCCUGCUAUCGUCAACUUGUGUCAGAACGAGCCUGUCUGGGCUGACUUGAACGGUGGUCUUCAGUUUUUGCCCAACUUGAAGGACUUGUCCUCCAAGCUGCGUCAGCAGCUCCAGGAGACUGCUCAGAUCCGCCAGGCUGUUGCUGCCGAGAACGCCAUUGAGCACAAGAUUGUCAACGGUGCUGAGGCCGAGAGGUUGCACAAAAAGCACAUCGUUCAGCCCCGUGCCAACUUGAAGUUCGACUUCCCCACCAUCAAGAGCGCCAAGGAGCUUCAGCACCUUGCUCACAUGAAGGGCAUGGUCGACUUGGACCGCGUCGUUGUUGUUACUGGUUUCUCUGAGGUUGGUCCUUACGGUAACUCUCGUACCCGCUGGGAGUACGAGGCUGCCGGUGAGUUCUCCCUCGAGGGAUGCAUUGAGAUGGCCUGGAUUAUGGGUUACAUCAAGAACCACAACGGGCGUCUCAAGAACGGCAACACCUACUCCGGAUGGGUUGACGCCAAGAGCGGUGAGCCGGUCGAGGACAAGGACGUUAAGGCUAAGUAUGAGAAGCUCAUUAUCGAGCACACCGGUAUCCGUCUCAUCGAACCUGAGAUCUUCCAGGGUUACGACCCCAAGAAGAAGCAGCUCAUGCAGGAGGUUGUUAUUGACCAGGACCUCGAGCCCUUCGUUACCUCCAAGGAGACUGCUGGUGAGUUCAAGCUUCAGCACGGUGACAAGGUCGAGAUCUAUGAGAUCAAGGAGUCUGGUGAGUACCAGGUUAUCUUCAAAAGGGGUGCUACUUUGGUCAUUCCUAAGGCUCUUCGUUUCGACCGUCUUGUAGCUGGUCAAAUUCCUACUGGCUGGGACCCCAAGAGGUACGGUAUCGCCGACGAUAUCAUCUCCCAGGUCGACCCUAUUACCCUUUACGUCCUUGUCUCCACUGUUGAAGCUCUCGUUUCUGCCGGUAUUGUCGACCCUUACGAGUUCUACAAGUACGUUCACGUUUCCGAGGUUGGUAACACCGCUGGUUCCGGUGUCGGUGGUAUGACUGCUCUUCGUGGUAUGUACAAGGAUCGUUUCCUUGACAAGCCUGUCCAGAAGGAUAUUCUCCAGGAGUCGUUCAUCAACACCAUGUCCGCCUGGGUUAACAUGUUGUUGCUCUCUUCUUCUGGUCCCAUCAAGACCCCUGUUGGUGCUUGUGCUACUGCUGUUGAGUCCGUCGACAUUGGUUACGACACCAUCAUCUCCGGCAAGGCCAAGGUCGUUGUUGUCGGUGGUUACGAUGACUUCCAGGAGGAAGGUUCCUUCGAAUUCGCCAACAUGGGUGCUACCUCCAACGCCGAGCAGGAGUUCAAGCACGGACGUACUCCCAAGGAGAUGUCUCGUCCUACUACCACCACCCGUAACGGUUUCAUGGAGGCUCACGGUGCUGGUAUUGAGAUUCUCAUGUCCGCCAAGCUUGCCAUUGAGAUGGGUGUUCCCAUCUACGGUAUCAUUGGUGGCGUCUGGACCGCUACCGACAAAGAGGGUCGCAGUGUCCCUGCUCCCGGACAGGGUAUCUUGGCUGCCACUACCAAGGAGGUUCCUUCCAAGUUCCCUUCGCCGCUUUUGGACAUCAAAUACCGUGCCCGUCAGCUUAACCUCCGCAAGGUUCAGAUCAAGCAGUGGCAGGAGGCUGAGUACCAGUACUUGCAGGAUGAGGUUGCUUCCGUGAAGGCUAACGCUUCUGAGGACUUUGACGAGAAGGCUUACAUGGCUGACCGUGUUGAGAGCAUUCAACGUGAGGCUCACCGUCAGGAGAAGGAUGCCCUCAACUUGUGGGGUAACGACUUCUGGCGCCAGGAUGCUCGCAUCGCUCCCCUUCGUGGUGCCCUUGCCACUUGGGGUCUUACUGUGGAUGACAUCAACGUUGCUUCUUUCCACGGUACCUCCACCAAGGCCAACGACAAGAACGAGUCUGAUGCUAUUUCCAAGCAGCUUACUCAUUUGGGCAGGAAGAAGGGUAACGCCGUUUUGGGUGUCUUCCAGAAAUACCUCACCGGUCAUCCUAAGGGUGCUGCCGGUGCUUGGAUGUUGAACGGUGCUUUGCAGAUCCUCAACACUGGUAUUGUUCCUGGUAACAGGAACGCUGACAAUGUCGACCGUUACCUUGAGCGCUUUGACAAGAUCUUGUACCCCAACAGGACUAUCCAGACUGAUGGUGUCAAGGCUGUCUCCGUCACCUCUUUCGGUUUCGGUCAGGUUGGUGGUCAGGUUAUUGCCAUUCACCCCGACUACGUCCUCGCUACCCUCGAGGAUGAUGUCUUGGAGGCUUACCGUAUCAAGGUUGCUGGUCGUUACAAGCAGAGCUACCGUCACCUUCACUCUGCCAUGGCUAACAACAACCUCAUUAUCGCCAAGACUGCUCCUCCUUACACUCCCGAGCAGGAGACCUCUGUCUACCUUGACCCUACCGCUCGUGUCACCUACGACAAGAAGGUUGGUUCGUACACCUUCCCUGCGAAGUUCUCGCAGGUGCCGGACAAGAACAAGACUGAGGCGACCCGCAACAUCGUUGAGAAGCUUGCCUCGGCUACCGCCGGUACUGGUGCGAACAUCGGUGUUGACGUUGAGCUGAUCUCUUCCGUCAACAUCGACAACGAGAACUUCGUUGAGCGCAACUUCACUGCCGCAGAGCAAGAGUACUGCAGCAAGGCUCCUUCCCCGCAGUCUAGCUAUGCCGGAUCUUGGUCAGCCAAGGAGGCUGUGUUCAAGUGCUUGGGUGUCAAGAGCCAGGGUGGCGGUGCCAGCCUUCUCGACAUCGAGAUCUUGAGGGAUGAGAAGGGUGCACCUACUGUUAAGCUUCACGGCGAGGCUGAGAAGGCUGCUUCCGCGGCCGGUGUCAAGAAUGUGAAGGUCAGCAUCUCCCAUGACGACUUCCAGAGUGUCGCGGUUGCUGUGAGCGAGAAAUAG